GAUACUUCCUCAUUAGAGAAUGGCGGCUGCCGCCUGCACUACCGUUAACAACGCUGCCGUUAACAACACUACCAACCCGCAGAAACAACACCGAAGGAAAAGUAGAGAUACGCGGCGGAGACAAGCAGCUCUCUUUUUCCUUAGUAACAUUUCACUAGAUGGACGGCCAGUACAACAGACAUACCAUGGAAACCGAGACAGCGAGUUGCUGGGGGGCGAUAUCGGGGCGACAGUGGCCGGGAUGUUAACCGUGUCUAGCUAUGGGACCUUCACUAACCUACCAACGUCUGUGAGCUGCGGGACCGUUGGGAACGUUUGCGCCGUUCCGGGACUCGGAGUUAUCACUGUCCCGCCUAUCCUCGUUCUGCCUUCGGACUCGUUCAAUGAUGGGACAACGGAGGUAUUUCUGGAGAGGCGAGGAGGAUCGUUUUCCUCGCAGGGAAACCUCCUCUCUCCCUCGGGUCUCCUUCCUACUCCCCUCGGACGGCGGAAGUCCUCCACGUUGCUGUCGGUCCAGAGUUGUAAUUCGGUGACUUCGGAACCGGGACGGAGUCGGACUCGUAACCUGUUGGGCUCCCCCAGACAUCACCCUGUGAAGAAGGUCCACUUCAUCAAGAAUAUGAGACAAUACGACACACGAGGCAGCAGGAUCGUGUUGAUCUGUGCCAAGCGUUCUCUGUGUGCAGCCUUCUCAGUGUUACCCUAUGGAGAGAGCUUUCACAUCAGUGACUCCAAGUUGGACAGGUGUAGGCAUUCAUCAGGGAACAUCUCUACCAGUCUGGAGAUGAUGCCAGGCCUGGAAGGGUUCGAACUGGAGCCCUACGGCAAGACGGUGUCAUAUGCCCAGUUUCUGUACCCGACCAACGCCCUGGUCCGUCAGAAGACCCCCUCGGUGGACAUUACCCUCCAGGUACCCCUCAACCAGGUGACCCGGAACAGUAACCCCAGAAACUACACCCCAACCAGGCUAAACUGCAACGUGGGACUGGAUCUGGGUGUGGAUGAGGCAUCAGACUAUGACCCCAACCUUCUGAGUGACCCCCAGUGGCCCUGUGGGAAACACAAGAGAGUCCUGAUCUUCGCUUCAUACAUGACGACAGUGAUAGAGUAUGUGAAGCCGUCUGAUCUGAAGAAGGACAUGAACGAGACGUUUAAAGAGAAGUUUCCUCAAGUCAAGCUGACUCUCAGCAAGAUCAGGAGUCUAAAGAGAGAGAUGCGUACAGUGGGUGACGACUGCGGCCUGCAGGCGGUGACCGUGGCGAUGGCAUUUGUUUACUUUGAGAAGCUGGUCCUCCAGGGACGACUCAACAAACACAACAGGAAGUUGAUCUCUGGAGCCUGCGUCCUGCUCGCUGCUAAGAUCAGCAGCGACCUCAAGAAGCAGGACGUCACUCAGCUCAUAGAUAAAUUAGAGGAGCGUUUCCGUAUCAGUCGGAGGGAGUUGAUCCCGUUUGAGUUCACUAUCCUUGUUGCCCUGGAGAUGGCUCUGUACCUGCCUGAGAGAGCCAUCAUGCCACACUACCGACGCCUGGUGCAGCAGAACUAGGGCCACGCCCACUGCUGCACCCAGGUGGACGGGGGCCACGCCUACAAGGGUCUGGAGACUGGUCAUGGGGGUGGAGUGAGGGGAGGAGCCAUGCCUACAAGGGUCUGGAGACUGGUCUGGGAAUUCUCUGCCCCCACACCUGCAAACCUGGGCGUUUGAUACCAUUCCACUCCAGCCAUUACCACGAGCCCGUCCUCCCCAAAUAAGGUGCCACCAACCCCCUGUGCUAAACACCAUAAAGCUCAGAGACUUACUCACCUCAGUAGCGACACUGGUAUUUUACUCUCACCUUGAAGAAGUAUAAAUUACACCGAUCAGUCUUCCUACAUUUGCUGAUAUUAUUAUCAACAUACAGUAUAUAGUUACUACACUUUCUAAACCUGAACGUUGCCAUGCUUCCACGUGCCACAAGGGGGUGCUACAGUUCAGCAGUAGCAUUGCAAGAAUACCAGUUAUGCUUCAUACGCACUUAUAGGGCUGACCUAAACUGUACCGUUCUGGUUCGGGUUUUCUUCUCUCUUCACAUGGUCCGUUCCAGCUGGGUUCCAGCUGGGUUCAGGCAGGGUUCCAGCAGGGUUCCGGCAGGGUUCAGGCAGGGUUCCGGCAGGGUUCCAGCAGGGUUCAGGCAGGGUUCCGGCAGGGUUCCAGCUGGGUUCAGGCAGGGUUCCAGCAGGGUUCCAGCAGGGUUCCGGCAGGGUUCAGGCAGGGUUCAGGCAGGGUUCAGGCAGGGUUCCAGCAGGGUUCAGGCAGGGUUCCGGCAGGGUUCCAGCAGGGUUCCAGCUGGGUUCAGGCAGGGUUCCAGCAGCUUUGGUGGACGUGUCACCAGGCCAGUUUGGCUCGGUUUGGUCUUAUAGUGGGAAUCGGGCAUAAGAGUAACACACGAACCAGGGAAGAACCUUGUCCAUCACCUUCCUGCCAGCGCGUUAAAGGGAAAACAAACGAAAGAAACAUCAGAUUUAACCAAAAAAGCAGUUUCAUUUAUUUAUCCUACUUUUGUUUUUUAAAAUGUAUAUUUAUUAUAUUUGAUUUAUUUAUUUGAAAAAUAAGGGAUGUUUAUAUAAUAACCAAACCAGUUCAUUAUUCUGCACCUCUUUGUAGUGUACCUCACGUAAGUUUUCUUCCAGCAUUAUAACCAAACCUCCGUUAGUAAAAUGUCAUCCCAAAUAGAGCCCUGUUCCCUAACCAAGCGUCCCUUAGUAAGGCGUCAUCCCAAAUAGAGCCCUAUUCCCUAACCAAGCAUCCCUUAGUAAGGUGUCAUCCCAAAUAGAGCCCUAUUCCCUAACCAAGCAUCCCUUAGUAAGGCGUCAUCCCAAAUAGAGCCCUAUUCCCUAACCAAGCAUCCCUUAGUAAGGCGUCAUCCCAAAUAGAGCCCUGUUCCCUAACCAAGCAUCCCUUAGUAAGGUGUCAUCCCAAAUAGAGCCCUAUUCCCUAACCAAGCAUCCCUUAGUAAGGUGUCAUCCCAAAUAGAGCCCUAUUCCCUAACCAAGCAUCCCUUAGUAAGGCGUCAUCCCAAAUAGAGCCCUAUUCCCUAACCAAGCAUCCCUUAGUAAGGCGUCAUCCCAAAUGGAGCCCUAUUCCCUAACUAAGCAUCCCUUAGUAAGGUGUCAUCCCAAAUAGAGCCCUGUUCCCUAACCAAGCAUCCCUUAGUAAGGCGUCAUCCCAAAUAGAGCCCUAUUCCCUAACCAAGCAUCCCUUAGUAAGGCGUCAUCCCAAAUAGAGCCCUGUUCCCUAACCAAGCAUCCCUUAGUAAGGCGUCAUCCCAAAUAGAGCCCUAUUCCCUAACCAAGCAUCCCUUAGUAAGGCGUCAUCCCAAAUAGAGCCCUGUUCCCUAACCAAGCAUCCCUUAGUAAGGCGUCAUCCCAAAUAGAGCCCUGUUCCCUAACCAAGCAUCCCUUAGUAAGGCGUCAUCCCAAAUAGAGCCCUGUUCCCUAACCAAGCAUCCCUUAGUAAGGCGUCAUCCCAAAUAGAGCCCUGUUCCCUAACCAAGCAUCCCUUAGUAAGGCGUCAUCCCAAAUAGAGCCCUGUUCCCUAACCAAGCAUCCCUUAGUAAGGCGUCAUCCCAAAUAGAGCCCUGUUCCCUAACCAAGCAUCCCUUAGUAAGGCGUCAUCCCAAAUAGAGCCCUGUUCCCUAACCAAGCAUCCCUUAGUAAGGCGUCAUCCCAAAUAGAGCCCUAUUCCCUAACCAAGCAUCCCUUAGUAAGGUGUCAUCCCAAAUAGAGCCCUAUUCCCUAACCAAGCAUCCCUUAGUAAGGUGUCAUCCCAAAUAGAGCCCUAUCCCCUAACCAAGCAUCCCUUAGUAAGGUGUCAUCCCAAAUAGAGCCCUGUUCCCUAACUAAGCAUCCCUUAGUAAGGUGUCAUCCCAAAUAGAGCCCUGUUCCCUAACCAAGCAUCCCUUAGUAAGGCGUCAUCCCAAAUAGAGCCCUAUUCCCAACCAAGCAUCCCUUAGUAAGGCGUCAUCCCAAAUAGAGCCCUGUUCCCUAACCAAGCAUCCCUUAGUAAGGCGUCAUCCCAAAUAGAGCCCUGUUCCCUAACCAAGCAUCCCUUAGUAAGGCGUCAUCCCAAAUAGAGCCCUAUUCCCUAACCAAGCAUCCCUUAGUAAGGUGUCAUCCCAAAUAGAGCCCUAUUCCCUAACCAAGCAUCCCUUAGUAAGGUGUCAUCCCAAAUAGAGCCCUAUUCCCUAACCAAGCAUCCCUUAGUAAGGCGUCAUCCCAAAUAGAGCCCUAUUCCCUAACCAAGCAUCCCUUAGUAAGGUGUCAUCCCAAAUAGAGCCCUGUUCCCUAACCAAGCAUCCCUUAGUAAGGUGUCAUCCCAAAUAGAGCCCUAUUCCCUAACCAAGCAUCCCUUAGUAAGGUGUCAUCCCAAAUAGAGCCCUGUUCCCUAACCAAGCAUCCCUUAGUAAGGUGUCAUCCCAAAUAGAGCCCUGUUCCCUAACCAAGCAUCCCUUAGUAAGGUGUCAUCC